GAGGUCGCGUCAGUCGGGUUUCUGCGCUUGCCGGUGUUGGGUGUGCGUCCUCCUCGACUCUUAUAUUCGUGUCAUAGUUAAUUUAAAUCUGGUAUUUAUAAAUUAAAAUAGUCUUACCUGUAUUUAAAAUUAUUUUAGGACGUAGUGUAUUCUAUAAUAAGUGUGUUCAUUUUACGUAAAGUGUGUUUAUUCCCGAUUUAUUGUAGUGUUUAAAAAUAAGACGAUCCUAUAGUCAUUCCAAAGGCGCGCACCAUGGCCAAAACAGAGAAGUCAUUUCCGAGAAACUUUACAGGUUGUCUAACAUGUGUCCAAGUACUAAAUAUUAUGGUCCUCCUCGGCUUCAUGUUGAACUACGCCCUCCGAGUGAACCUCACGAUUGCAAUUGUGGAAAUGAUUUACGAUGACAAUGACAACCACACUGCUGCCUUGAACAUCACCUUAGGCCCUCACAACGUUACUGAGCACCCAGAACAUAUCGAGCAGACUCGUUACCACUGGGAUACGAAACAGAAGAAUCACCUUCUCGGUUGUUUCUUCUGGGGAUACGUGCUCACAGAACUGCCAGGUGGCAGACUGGCAGAAAUUAUUGGUGCUAGACGGGUGUUCGGGUACAGCACUCUGCUCGCCAGUGUCCUCACCCUCCUUACUCCUGGCUCUGCAGCCCUCGGCUUUGGAUGGAUUGUUGCAGUCAGAGUAUUACUGGGAUUCCUUCUCGGAGCGACAUGGCCAGCUAUCCUCCCAAUGGCAUCCAAAUGGAUUCCACCAAUGGACAGAUCGAAAUUUAUGUCUAACAUGAUGGCGUCAUCCUUGGGUGCAGCGAUGACAAUGCCAAUUUGCGGUUUCCUAAUCGCCCACUUCGGAUGGGAGUCUGCUUUCUACUUCACAGGUAUCAUCGGAGUGAUGUGGUCGGUGGCAUGGUUCGCGGUGGUAUACGACACUCCGGGUCAGCACCCUCGCAUAUCGGAGACGGAGCGCAACUACCUCAUGAAGGCGCUGCCUCAAGACAACAAUAGCAAAGGACACAUUCCAGUGCCAUGGAAGAAGAUGCUGCUAUCUCCUCCAGUGUGGGCCAUCAUCAUCACGCACGGAGCCUCCGUCUUCGGCUACUUCACCGUCGUCAACCAGCUGCCCAGCUACAUCGAGAGCAUCCUGCACUUUAACAUCAAACAUAACGGUCUCCUGUCAUCUCUGCCGUACCUCGGCAAAUACCUGUGUGCGCUGGCAUCGUCAGUGCUCGCUGAUUUCCUCAGGCGAAGCGGCAAGCUGUCCACCACCGCUGCCAGGAAACUCUUCACCGGAUUCGCUGUGGGACUUCCAGGUCUACUGAUGAUAGCUCAGGCGUACCUGGGCGGUGACCGUGUGUGGUCCAUCGCUAUCUUCACCUCGGCGCUGACCAUCAACGGCGCCGUCACCGCUGGCUACCUCGGCAACGGACUGGAUAUUGCACCCAACUUCAGUGGAACUAUCUUCGGUAUGGCGAACACUCUGUCAUCUUUCGGCGGCUGGUUGUCUACCUUCAUGGUAGGAGAACUCACCAAGGAAAAUAACACUCCCGACCAAUGGAAGAUAGUAUUCUACAUCCUGGCAGGCACAUACAUCACUGGCGCCCUCUGCUUCGUGACCUUCGGCUCAGGGGAGCAGCAACCGUGGAACUCUGCCAAACCUGCAGCUGAAGCCGAGAAGCAGCAUGAGGAACAACCCCUCAAUGAGGAGAAGGCGUGAAGAGCUGAAAGUGGAACGUCAGGCAUGCUAGAAAGGUUUGGACCAAUCUUUCAGUCAGAGUUAUAUUCGUAUAAAAAGCAGUCAGUUUGCUUUUUAUUUAUUUAUUUAUUUAUACGAAUAUAACUCUUAUACGUAUGGAUUAAAGUUUAUUUUCCGUUGUUACACUUGCAACUGACUGUUGGUAUUAAGGUUGGGUGUUCUCAGUAUAAAAAAAAUAGGUUUUUUUAUUGGAAUUAUAAAUUAUCUUACUUUAUAAAAGACAUAUGUGUGAAGAUUAUAACUAUAUUGUUUCUCUAGCCUCGCAAAUAUAGACCUUAUUUCAUAAGCAUAAAAGUAGGUUUUACAAACGACAUUUUAAAUUUUAAUUCACUUUUUUCAAGCAUGUCUGACAUUAGAUUUUAUUGUUGAAAAUAAACACAUUGUUAAACAUUUCACUUAGUAUCACAAUACGUGGGGAGAUUCGACGCAAUCUCGUCACGAAAACUAAUAAAAAUUGUUAUUUAUCUAGGAUAUUAGCAGUUUUUAAUUCUAAAAAACUUAAAAAUAUUCUAAAGUCAAGAUCAAACUGCUAAUUUCCCAGAUCCAUUGAAAAAGGCAGAAGAAAUAAUUAUCCCAUUUCUAAUUAAAUUACAAAUGAGAUAAUAAUUCCUUAUGUGUUGUUAAAAAUAUAAAGAAAUAAAAAAAAAAAAACUCAAAAAAAGGCUGUUUAGUGUGUAAAUAUAUAAAUGUGAUGUAUUUAUAUGGAACCGGCGCGCUCAUGGACUCGGAUAACGUUGGUUCGUAAGAAACCCGACUCAUAAGUAGUAGAUAAGUCUGUACUUGCGUAUGCGCAUACUUCGGCGUUGUGAUGGAAUGAUGUAGGCUUAUGAACACUUAAAAUACCAUUGAUUUAUCAAAAAUUGCAACAAAUUUUUCGCAUUUAUUACAUUAAAACUUCAUACUAUCAAUCAGAGGCCUAAUACGAGUUUUUUUACAUUAACGCGAUCGAAACGUAACCGCGUUUCGCACUCUGAUUGGUUGGUUUAUUGGAGCUGGCCAAUCAGAGCGCGUUAAUGUUAAAAAAAACUCGCACUACGCCCUUAGAUUAAUUAUAAGGAACUUAAAUACAGGAGUGUUUCUAUCCGAAUUAAUUAUAAUUAGUUUUACAUCAAACCAUACAACGCGCGGAUAUUUAAUAAAAUAUAAGUUUUGUUGCUUCAACGCUUUUGGUAAUGCGGACACGUUGACAAUUUGCGAGGAGGACGCGUGAUGAAAUGUAAAUGAUAAUAAUUAAUUAAUCCUUCGUCUAUGUUUGUUCGAAGUGGCAAAAGUCUAUGGAUUGUUACUGAAGUUAAAAUAGUUUUUUUUGGCGAAUUAUGAAGUCUGGGAGAGCUUGAGCUUAUACCAAAUUUCUUGUCCUGUUAUUUUUACAUGCCUAUGACCAAUGGCGCCUCUUUGACAUAAGAGUGAGUACAAUUUAACAAAUUUUGCUUAAUUGCCGAUGAACCUAUCCAAUGGCCAAUGGGGCCUCCUCACCAUAAGAUAGAGGGGGGGGAUACAAAUGAACAACUUUUGCCAUAAUUGCCGAUGAUCCUAUCCAAAUACUAAAGUCAGUCUUUUGGUAGGACUUAGAAAAUGUAACAAGAUAUAAUUUUCUACUUCUAUAACAUUACAAAAACAUUGACAAAGGAUUACAAAACACAGUAAAGAAAACUUCGUUUACAUUUCACACGUAGGUGCCAGUUAGUAAGGGAAUAGAGUAGCUUACCAAAUUGUACUGAUAGUCGUAAGGACGGAUCCGAUCCGGGGACCAAAGUUGAGGACAACAAAAUCAUUAAAAACCUAAGUUUUGUGUUUGUAGUUGAGUUAAGUAACUCUUAAAACCACUUGGCAAACGUUUUAAGUAUUAGAUAUUCAUUAAUAAGGUAACAUUUUGAAAUUAAAAGGCUAAGGACCUACUGCUGAUAAAGUUUUUAAUAGCUUAACUGAUACAUGUCGAAUUAUCUGCUAGUUACAGUUUUAUCUGUACAGUCACACUAUACAAACUAUACAGUUAAUCGGAAGGUAUGCAGGUUGUAUAGACCUACGAUUUAACUGUAUAAAGCAAACAGUAGAACUGUAGUUUUAACUAAAUGGAAUUAAGAAUAGAUAAAACUGUACAGUUAAAUCUAUACUAUAGAGUGCCUUAACUUUAAAUCGCAUCAAAUUCAACUACAAACGCAAAACGAACGAUAUCUCGUUUUAAAUUAUAAUUUUUGUAAGUAUUUUUUUUUAUAAGUAUCUUAUUUAUUUUUCUACGUUGAAAGUUUAGGAAAAUUCAGAGCCAUUUAGAAAACAUUAAUUGCAGCGAUUUGUUUCGCUAAUAACGACCAUAGGCAAGUCUCGUUACUUUUUUUACCGUAAGACAUAGAUAUUAAGAAUUUGAGGGCGGUCCCUUUAGGUAUUUGGUAUUGUGUUAUUAUUUCAAACUUGGUUCAAAUAUGGUCUUGGUAUAUAUCUUAUUAAUGAGACUAUGUUUAAACUAAUUAAUGUAACAAGUAACUUUCAAUAAAACAAUCGAAAAUGAUGGUAAUGAAAUGGUUUGCAAUGAAUAAUACUCCGCCAUUUUCAUUUACUCAAUCAACAUCCUAAUUUGUGUCUUAUCCUUUUGAUAUUAAAGUCGCUUUUUGUCCGUUACGGACUUAAGGUUGCCACAGAUCCACUUUAAAUUAUACUCUAUCUAAAUGUACCUCAAUCUGUCUCAAGUAAAUUAAGUAAAUAAUAACCAAUCCGUUACCUAAGACCGCCCGCUAAGCCAUGUUCGCACUUAGCUUUAUUACAAGGGACGAUGCAUUAAUUUUGUGUGCAUUUUAACAGCUGUGAUAAAGAGGUUUGUCUAUGGAGUUCUCGCUAGCGCCCUCUACAGGAUCUUACGUAAACGAUUACUGACAAAUUUUCGAAUCUUUGUAACGGCUAAUUGUAGUUCCUAAAGUAUAAACAGUAUUUCGUAAAAGGUUUCGUGCGUAUCACAUUUUCGUUUUAUUAUUUAAUAAAAUAUAUGGUUUAGACGGAUUUCUUUAGUUUAGUCAAGUUAGGCAAGUAUCAUGACAUGAUUUUGUAGGGUAUUUUAAUUUUGCCUGUAAUGUUAAUGAGUUUUACUGCCGCACUCAGAGACAUUUAAUGAUUACUUAAACAAUUCCUUAGUAACGAUUUUGUUUCGAAAACAAUUGUUAAGGACUGGGUUAAGUAAUCAUUAAAUGACUCUAAGUAAGGCGGUUAGUCUGUGACUUAAUAGUCUCUCGUUAAUGUGUAUAAGACAUAUUAAGACAUUAAAAAUAAAACAGAAAUUCUAUGAACAUAAAUAUAAUAAAAUCCAUGCACGUUAUAACAAUAUUAUUAGUUCACUAAGACAUUUAUUAUUAGCAUGAUAUUUUUUUCUAAACUGCAUGUCUCAUUGUCAAAACGUUUCACCGUAGACAGUCCGUCUAUAUCCAUAGACAAUUUCCACAGACAAUCGUCCGUAUCCUUCCAACGAUUGCAGGGUAACUAAGUCCAUAGAGUACAUUAUAUAAACAAAAUAAUAAUUAUGUAAGUUAAUAAGUUUUGUCUGUGGAAACUUACUUGAUAUUGUUUUAGUAUUAUAACUGUACUUAUUCUCUAUUUAUAUAUUAUUUAACCGACAGCAGGUUAAUGUUAGGUUAUGUUUACAUGUUAUUCACAAUUUCUUGUGUUAAAUAAAUUAAAUAUUUAUGUAGUACUGCUAAAGUGUCCCAUGAUUAGUUUUACAGGGGUUCUUGAAAUGUACACCAGAUGUCGCUCUUGUGUUCUGUCCUGUUUAACAUUCUCUGGAUAUUAAAAUACAACUGUAUACUAUAACAGCAUAUACUGUUACUACUAUUAAAAUAAUGAAUUACUUAACCUGAGAAUGCCACUUGGUGAGUCGCAAACUGACAUUUCAGAAACCCUAGUUACUGUAUAAAAUGGCAAUUACAAAACCUACCACUAAUCAUAAGGUUACAGUAAAAAUUAUUAUUGGACAUACCAGAAGAAACUCUUUAGAUUUACUAUAAUUUAUUUCAAUAAUCAAAUAUGAACAUCACACCAAACGAAUUGUAAUAAAUGAAUUUCCAAUUACCAUUAAAGAGAAAUUUUAAAAUCAAUUUUUACUAUGGUAUAAUUUUUGAUAUCAGAUUUUCAAAAACAACACUAUUAUAUCCUUUUAUAUGUAUACAACUUAAUAUAUUAUUUCUAUUCUGUUUACAAGUAUUUUCAAGUUAAAAAGAGUUUUUCGAAUAAUAGAAAUCUUUUUUGAUGUAGUACUUAAGUUUAGGUUAAGCGAUGUAUGUUAUCACUUAUACUCUAAGCUCGUAUUGGAACAAAAUAUGUAUUAUUAAUCAAUUUGUGAGUUUUGAGAAUGUUUUAUUUUAGUUUUAUAGUUUAUGUGGCUAUUAUAUCAUCACACAUCAACAGCUUAUAAUUGGCCACUACUGACCAAAGGCCUCUUCUUCUUUGAGCAUUCAUCACGCUUGCUAGCGGGUUGACGAUUUCAGACUUGGAAAUGCCAAGCCAUGCCUAGGUUUUCUCAUUAUAUUGUCCUUCAUCGUUUGUCAGUGGUGUCUAAAUAAUCUUAGAAACUACAUACAACUCGGAAAAAGUCACAUUGGUUCUUGCCGUUGGCAGGUUUCAAUCCCGUACCCUUAUGCAUAAGAAGCCUCUGAAGCCUUAAACCUACGGGCCAUCACGACAUUUUGCAUGCCCCCAUCAAAAGGCUAGUAACGCAGUUUUAACUCCUUUGAUGUAGCGGGGUGGUUAUGGAUCGCAUUGAUUGCUUACCAUCAAGUAAUCUGUUAGCUCGUUUGCUCCUUAAGCCAUUAAAAAAGUUACACCGACAAAUUGCCACAUAACUAUAAAACCAAAAUGAAACUAGUAUGAAAGUAAUGUGUCAAGUUAUACUCCAUCAUAAAGACGUUUAUGUAACUUCGUAUGUAUGGCAAUAACUCAAUGUAUGUAUUUUAAGACAGGAAUUGUACUGGUGGGCAAUUAUAUUAGGGUACCUACCGAGAAAUCAGGCUGUUAGGGCUUUCAUUGUAAAAAGAUAUUUAUUCAACUUACAUAAUUAUAGUUUUACAGGUUAUUCACAAUGCGAUAAAUGUGCUUAUACGAGUAUAUAAUGCACUCUUUGUGAUUUGUGAAUACUUUUUUAACUGUAAUUCUGAAAAAUAACUUGCAACUCGUUCUAUUCUCGUCAGGGUAUCAUUUUCUGAUAUUACUGGUGUUUUUUAUUUACUCCAAUUAAAUUCUAACUAGGCAAUAUUGUAUGAUAAAGAAAUAUUAUUGCAAUCGGUUUAGCCGCUGUUUUAAAGCUUAAAAAUGAGAUGUAAUAAUAUUUUUGUCUACCAUUAUAAUUGUUGUACUGAGUGACGAUAUCAGUAAUCUGUAUGAAUGUACUGCAUGUGUCUGCGCGCAAUGUAAGGCAAUAUUUAUGUAUUUUCGUAUAAUAUAAUAAAUAUAAAUUAAUUAAUUAAAAGCAUGUGAAAGAUAACAAUUUGUUAUGUCUUAUGACAGCUCUGUAAUUUUGUGAACCAUUUUCUUUUUGAAAAUAAAUGAUUUUACCAAAAUA